AUGGAAGACAACUCGCGGUCCCGGGACGUCGCCGUCUCUGUCCAGCAGAUCGACGAGACAACAUCUCUCCUAGGGUCACAGGGGCAAAAAACUGCCUAUGUGACCUUCCCGAAGCCAGUCGACGAGGCGACAUGGCACCCCUCACCUGGCUUCUGGUGGAUUGAAACAGCCCUCUGGGCGAACGUGUUUCUCUCCGGAUUCGAUGGCACCAUCACGGCGUCGACGUACGCGGCCAUAAGCUCCAACUUCAACGCUGCAAACAAUGCGGCAUGGCUGACGACGUCGUACUUAAUCACGAGCACAGCCUUUCAGCCUUUGUAUGGCCGCUUCUCAGACAUGUUCGGCCGCAGGAUAUGCUUCUUUAUUUCGACCGUGACCUUCAUGGUCGGCUGCUUCGGCUGCUCCGUGGCAGACAGCAUGCUGAUGCUCGAUGUGAUGCGGGCCGUGACGGGGUUCGGAGGAGGCGGCCUGAUCACCAUGGCUACCGUGAUUAACUCGGACAUGAUUCCAUUCAAGCGAAGAGGCAUGUACCAGGCCAUGCAGAAUAUUCUUGUCGGGCUUGGUGCUGUUUUGGGAGCGUCCCUCGGAGGUGUGAUUGCCGAGACCAUCGGAUGGCGCUGGUGUUUCUUGCUGCAGGUUCCUGUCUCAGUCCUGGCCCUUGUUGUGGGAUAUUUUGUCUUGGAAAACCCCCCAUGCAUUGACUCCGUAGUGGACGCGAAGCACCCCUUCCUGUCUGCUAUGCGGCGUCUGGAUUUUUCGGGAGCUCUCGUCCUGGUGUUCGGGCUGGUGGCGCAGCUCUUGGGCUUGAGUCUGGGUGGCAACGACUUCUCCUGGGAUAGCCCUGUUGUUACCAUCUCGCUGGUAGGCAGCGUUGUUUUGCUCCUCAUCUUCGUGAUGAUCGAGGCCACGACCGAGGCGAUCCCCAUGAUUCCGCUCCGGAUGUUGCGCGGCUGGCAGCCCACUGCCGUCCAGCUGACCAACGUGUUCUCGGGUAUGGCAGCGUACGCUUACAUGUUCAUGAUUCCACUGUACUUUCAAGCAGUAAGGGGUGAUUCUCCGUCUCAAGCGGGACUGCGCCUCAUGGUCCCGGCGCUCGCUACUCCGCUCGGUGGUGUUGUUGCGGGGUCGUUGAUGCAUCGUGGCUAUCCGUUGUGUCUGAAUGUCCGUCUGGGGACCGGGACAAUGCUGCUCGGUAACCUUCUUGCUCUUACAAUGGGAACAACGGGGAAUCGGUGGCGUGAAUUCGUCUAUCUUUUGCCGGCAAACUUCGGACUCGGCCUAACGAACCCGAGCGUGCUUUUUAGCUUUGUGUCUCUAUUCGAGCAUUCAGAUCAAGCAGUUGCUACCUCGACACUGUAUUUGAUCCGGUCCCUGGGCACCAUUUACGGUGUUACCGUGACCUCCGCUAUUGUCCAGAAUGUCUUGCUGACGCGGCUCUCUGGGACGCUUGGGGAUGCCGCGACUGAAGAGCUCAUCGAGAAACUGCGAAAGUCUCUGUUCUCGCUCAGCGAGCUGUCUCCGGCGCUGGAGACUGCGGUCCGAGCCCUGUAUUGCGAUGCGUUGAGGAUUGCCUUUGCGGCGUCCAGUGCUUUUGCCUUGAUGGCGUUUUUGUUUUCUUUCGCACACAGAACCGGAUCGCUCCAGAGGGAGUGCCGUCGGAGCUUGACGUCGGACGAAGUAGUUGAUAGCAAAGACGGGGCCCGAUCUUGA